UGACAGUUGACAUAAGCGGGACGCGUUUUAUAACAAUAAUUUGUAGUUCUAUUAGAAAUUUAAAAAGUAUUGCAUUAAACUGUUUUUUAAUACUGAAUAUGAAUAAACAAAUCACAUUAUUUUAAUAUAUAUUAAAUAAAAAAUAAUAAAACAAGACAAAAUGACUGACGAAGUAAUAAAACAUUCAGUGCACACGCUAGUGUUUCGUUCUUUAAAAAGAUCUCAUGAUAUGUUCUUAGCUAACCAAGGAAUGCUGCCACCAAUCGACGAAAAAGCGGAGAAAAUACUUAGAGCUACCAAAACACGGGAUAGCUAUGGACUUGUCAUGUCAGCAGUUCAAAAGGCACAAGCCAUAAAACAACUGGAAGCUAACAUGAGCCGACCAGAAACUCCUCAUGACACAGAAAUAGCGGAAUCUGCAGCCAUUGCGUCAGAUGGAGCUAUGCUUCCAUACAGUGGGCCAGCCCCCACAAACACAGCUAUCACACCACUACCAAGGAAGGCUCCAGUGAUGCCGAGACCCAAGUGGCACGCUCCAUGGAAACUAUUCAGGGUCAUAUCUGGACAUCUUGGCUGGGUUCGCUGUGUUGCUGUGGAACCAGGGAAUGAAUGGUUUGCUACGGGUGCUGCUGACAGAGUGAUAAAGAUUUGGGACUUGGCAACUGGUAAAUUGAAGGUAUCUUUAACAGGACAUGUUAGUACAGUAAGAGGUUUGGAAGUUUCUGCUAGGCAUCCAUACUUGUUCAGUUGUGGUGAAGAUAGACAAGUCAAAUGUUGGGAUCUCGAGUAUAAUAAGGUGAUACGCCACUACCAUGGCCACCUUUCAGCGGUGUACACACUAGCUCUACACCCCACUAUAGAUGUGCUAGUGACCGCUGGCCGUGAUGCGACUGCCCGAGUAUGGGACAUGCGCACAAAGGCAAAUGUCCACACGCUAGCUGGACACACGGAUACCGUCGCAUCGCUAGCGUGCCAGUCCGCAGAACCACAGAUCAUUACCGGUUCACAUGACUCGACAAUUCGCCUAUGGGACUUAGCCGCUGGCAAGUCAAUGUGCACACUCACAAACCACAAGAAAUCAGUUCGAUCUAUUGUCAUCCACCCAACGCUAUACACAUUUGCAUCUGCUUCACCAGACAAUAUAAAACAAUGGAAGUGUCCGGAAGGAAAGUUCAUACAGAAUCUGUCUGGGCACAACGCUAUUGUUAAUUGUAUGGCGGUUAAUCCUGAGGGUGUGCUUGUGAGCGGCGGUGAUAAUGGCACUAUGUACUUCUGGGAUUGGAGGACAGGAUAUAAUUUCCAGAGGUUACAGGCGGCAGUACAACCUGGUUCCAUGGACUCCGAAGCCGGUAUAUUUGCAAUGACGUACGACCAAUCAGGAUCACGUCUCAUAACUACAGAGGCAGAUAAAACCAUCAAGAUAUACAAAGAAGACGAUACAGCAUCUGAAGAGACGCAUCCGAUCAAUUGGCGCCCAGAGAUAUUGAAGAGACGGAAGUUUUAAUUAAGAAUAAGUUUAAUAAACGAUUUUAUUAAGUAUGAA